ACGCGGAGGCCGCGGGGCGGCGGCGAGGCCGGACCAUGGCUUGGGUGCUCAAGAUGGACGAGGUGAUCGAGUCCGGGCUGGUGCACGACUUCGACGCCAGUCUGUCCGGCAUCGGGCAGGAGCUGGGCGCCGGCGCCUACAGCAUGAGUGAUGUGUUGGCACUGCCCAUUUUCAAGCAGGAAGAUUCUAGCCUUCCGCUGGAUGGUGAAACGAAGCACCCACCCUUUCAGUACGUGAUGUGUGCUGCGACCUCGCCGGCCGUGAAGCUGCACGAUGAGACACUCACGUACCUGAACCAAGGUCAGUCUUACGAAAUCCGGAUGCUGGAUAACCGGAAAAUGGGUGAUAUGCCUGAGAUUAGUGGAAAAUUGGUAAAGAGCAUCAUAAGGGUUGUGUUCCAUGACAGACGGCUGCAGUACACAGAGCAUCAGCAACUUGAAGGGUGGAAGUGGAAUCGCCCAGGAGACAGACUGCUUGAUCUAGAUAUUCCAAUGUCUGUGGGAAUAAUUGACACAAGGACGAAUCCAAGUCAGUUAAAUGCGGUUGAAUUUCUGUGGGACCCUGCAAAACGCACGUCUGCUUUCAUUCAGGUACACUGCAUCAGCACAGAAUUCACUCCACGGAAGCACGGAGGUGAAAAGGGAGUGCCUUUCAGGAUCCAGGUGGACACCUUUAAGCAGAACGAGAAUGGGGAAUACACGGACCAUCUACACUCAGCUAGCUGCCAAAUCAAAGUGUUCAAGCCUAAAGGUGCAGACAGGAAACAAAAGACUGACCGGGAGAAGAUGGAGAAGAGAACAGCUCAUGAGAAAGAAAAGUACCAGCCAUCCUAUGACACCACAAUCCUCACAGAGAUGAGGCUUGAGCCUAUAAUUGAAGAUGCAGUUGAACAUGAGCAGAAAAAGUCCAGCAAGCGGACUUUGCCAGCAGACUACGGUGAUUCUCUGGCAAAGCGAGGCAGUUGUUCUCCGUGGCCUGACACUCCCACAGCCUAUGUGAAUAACAGCCCUUCCCCGGCACCCGCGUUCACCUCCUCACAGCCGAGCACAUGCAGUGUCCCAGACAGCAAUUCUUCGUCCCCAAAUCAUCAGGGAGAUGGAGCUUCCCAGGCCUCUAGUGAGCAAAUUCAGCCUUCUGCUACAACCCAGGAAACACAGCAGUGGCUGCUCAAAAACAGAUUCUCUUCCUACACAAGACUGUUUUCUAAUUUUUCAGGUGCCGACUUAUUAAAACUGACAAAGGAGGAUUUAGUUCAGAUUUGUGGUGCAGCCGAUGGAAUUCGGCUCUAUAAUUCACUGAAGUCCAGGUCAGUUAGGCCUCGUCUGACCAUCUACGUGUGCCAGGAGCAGCCACGCAGCACACCCCUGCGAGGACAGCCACCAGCUGCGGGUGGCGGGGGCGAGAACGGCAGUGGGGCACCCUACGUUUAUCACGCCAUCUACUUGGAAGAAAUGGUCGCCUCGGAAGUUGCUCGGAAACUCGCACUGGUGUUUAAUAUUCCUCUGCACAGGAUUAACCAGGUUUACAGACAAGGUCCCACUGGUAUCCACGUCCUUGUGAGCGAUCAGAUGGUUCAGAACUUUCAAGAUGAGAGUUGUUUUUUGUUCUCCACAGUAAAAGCUGAAAAUCAUGAUGGUAUCCACAUAAUUUUGAAGUGAUGUCUUAUGUAUUCUGAACUCUAAUUCAGUACCAAAUAGUCAUGCUUAGAAGUGUGUGAAGACUGAAUCCAAGAAGCCUUGGGAUUGGAUUUUUACCAGAUGAAAUGUUUCAUAUUGAAAACACAAGCUGACCCUUCUAAGGAGCCGUACAGGAGGCACGUCUCCUCACUCACUGCCGUGGCCGAGCACUGGCGCGGGAGCGCGUCGGGACAGCGUGCCGCAGAGGCCAGUGAUGCAGUCCUGGAAGCAGCCCUGCUGUCGUUUCACACUGUAUGCGGUUUGGAAUUGAAUGUAAACUUACUGUGGGCAUUUACCUUCCUGUGCCAGUUUGGUUUUCAUUGCCUGAACCUUGCUUGCGCUGACCUGGGGAGGGCUGGGGCCAGUGCUGUGUGCAGCCAGCAUGGAACCCGCCUGUGGAGAGGCGCGUGCUGCGACGGUGGCCCCGUGAGCGGCUCGGCGUCUUCUCAGAAGUCCUGCCUGCGUCUGCCGUGAUCGUGCCGGAGCGGGGAUCCCAGCUGGGGAGAUGGGCUUGAAGCAGACGGCAUCUUCGUAGUACCUUGGUGAGAGGAUCAGUGUAAAUCCUAAUAGGUACAAAGACGUGUUUUUGCUUUGUCACAGAGUUAUGGAGAAACUUUUUGCUUCUGCUUCCAUUUUUAGCAUUUUAGUUUCUGGUUUUCAUGUUUUGAAGCCUCCUUGGUUUUUACAUUCAUGUGGUUUUCUUAUUUCCCUCCCUCUCUCCGCCCCCACACUGCCCUGCCCCAGACACUGGAAAUGGGCAGGGUGAGAGCAAGCAAGCGUGGUUGUUGACGGCCUCUGCUUUGGUGUCAGAACAGAUGAGAUUCCUCAUGGAAACACUAGACGUCGCGAAUCGAACACUAAGACGCCCAGGAAUCCUCACAGCUGUUGAGCUUUAGCAGUGUCAUGGGUGACCGUCCUGGGAUGCCUAGGGGCCCUCUGCGCACCGCAACGACUCCCUUUCCAGAGUGCCUCUCUCAUAAACCAAAUCUGACCUGCUCGCAUGCUCGAGGGAAACCGCGGUCCUCCUUCCCCUGCUGUUUCCUCCCUCCCCGAGGUCAUCACAGAGCAGGCUGAGGGGGUCUGGUUUUGGUUUUCCACUCCCACUUUGAUCAUAGCAUCUCUGGUCCGUCUAUCCAGGUGUUGGUCCUCAUCUUUGUUCAGGUGGAAAUAAAGUAGUUUUGAGUUUGAAAUCUCCCAGAAGACAAAACUUUGGGUGAAAAACUUGGGACAUCUCCAGUUUUCUUCCUGAAGGGGGUUCAUUUUCUGCUGCAAGGAAGCGCUGUCUCGUGUCUGCAUCUUUGAUUUGGACUCUGCCCCGUGGGUCCCGCAGAAGGCGAGCUUUCCCCUCUGCCCCUGUGCGAGUCCCGUGGGACAGCAGCGAGCUGCUCUCCUGGGUCUGUUCGUGUUGCUCCUCGGGCCCAUGAUUUCCAGUGGAGCAGGGGAUGGCGCCCGCCACUGUGCUACCUGAACCCUCGCCAGGGUUAGAAGCGGGAGCAGAGACAUUGCGAGCUCCUCACACCAGAAAUGACGCUGAUAGCAUUGACCACAAGUCUGUCCCAGGGGAAUAGGCUCAGCUAAAUUAUGGCACCAGCAGAUUUGCUACUUUGUUUUUUUAAUAGUAGGAUGUACACAUUUCAGUAUAAUAAAUGUUUUCCGAUUGUUUUGCA